CACCAAUGGGCGGCGGCGACAGUGAAGAUUGACGUGGCGCCAUUUUCUGGAGGUAUAUGUUCGGAGGUCGGCCGUGGUAGCCGCGGUUUUUCUUUCUGCGCUCUCUGCUCUGCAAUGGACGGCAUUGUCCAAGAUAUAGCAGUUGGUACAAAGCGGGGGUCUGACGAGCUUCUAUCUGCUUGUGCUACUAACGGUCCCUAUAUCAUGAGCAAUUCUACUCCCUCUGGUGAGUACACCAAUGGCAACGACAGCAAAAAGUUCAAAGGAGAAAACAGAAUUUCAGGAAUAAUGCCAUCCAGAGUCAUCCAUAUCCGUAAACUUCCCAAUGACAUAACUGAAGCAGAGGUUAUCUCUCUGGGCUUGCCCUUUGGAAAAGUAACAAAUCUUCUCAUGCUUAAAGGCAAAAACCAGGCUUUCAUUGAAAUGAAUACGGAAGAAGCUGCUAACACAAUGGUGAGCUACUAUGGCACUGUAACUCCGUACCUCAGAAGUCAUCCUGUCUACAUCCAGUACUCUAACCACAAGGAACUGAAAACCGACAAUUCUCCCAAUCAGGCAAGAGCGCAAGCUGCUCUUCAGGCAGUAAAUGCUGUGCAGAGUGCAAAUAUGGCAAUUGCUGGAACUGGUGUACCAGAUUCUGCAGUCAAUCUCACUGGCCAGAGCCCUGUUCUGCGAAUCAUUGUGGAAAAUCUCUUCUAUCCAGUUACUCUUGAUGUUUUGCACCAGAUCUUUUCCAAGUUUGGCACUGUAUUAAAGAUCAUUACCUUCACAAAGAAUAACCAGUUCCAGGCCUUGCUCCAAUAUGCUGAUGGGUCCAGUGCACAACAUGCUAAACUGGCCUUGGAUGGACAGAACAUCUAUAAUGCCUGCUGCACUCUGCGCAUUGACUUCUCUAAGCUGACUAGCCUUAAUGUUAAGUACAAUAAUGAUAAAAGUAGAGACUACACACGUCCUGACUUGCCAUCUGGUGACAGCCAACCUACCUUAGACCAAACCAUGGCCGCUUUUGGUAAGGAAGCCUCCCUACUAGGUGCACCAGGUAUCAUCUCCUCGCCUUAUGGAGGUGGAACUGGUUUUCCUCCUGGUAUUGCGUUCCAGCAAGCCGGUUUGUCUGUCCCAGGGGUUCAUGGGGCCUUGGCUCCACUUGGCAUGCCGUCAGCAGCUGCCGCAGCAGCAGCCGCAGCAAGUCGUAUGGGGAUUCCAGGCUUUGCCUCAGCAGCCAAUGCUGUCCUGCUGGUCAGCAAUCUGAAUCCUGAGAGAGUUACGCCCCAAUGCCUCUUUAUUCUUUUCGGAGUAUAUGGUGAUGUGCAGCGUGUGAAGAUACUCUUCAACAAGAAAGAAAAUGCCUUGGUUCAAAUGUUUGACUGUACUCAAGCACAGCUGGCUAUGAGCCACUUAAAUGGUCAAAGGCUUCAUGGGAAGGCAAUGCGUGUAACCAUGUCCAAACACCAGACUGUACAGCUUCCUCGUGAGGGCCAGGAGGACCAGGGACUGACUAAGGAUUACAGCAGCUCACCUCUGCAUCGUUUCAAGAAACCUGGAUCAAAAAAUUUCCAGAAUAUCUUCCCUCCUUCUGCCACCCUUCAUCUCUCCAAUAUCCCACCUUCAGUUACUGAAGAGGAUCUAAAGAUGCUCUUCUCAACCACAACAGGCAUGGUUAAGGCAUUCAAGUUCUUCCAGAAGGAUCGCAAGAUGGCUCUCAUCCAGAUGAGUUCAGUGGAAGAGGCAAUCCAAGCCCUUAUUGAUCUUCAUAAUCAUGAUCUUGGGGAAAAUCACCAUCUCAGAGUUUCUUUCUCCAAGUCAACUAUUUGAAGUUUUGACAUGGAUUUCCAGCCAUUUCCUGGAGUCCAGUUUGGCCAAUGGGCACAAUGAUUCUUUUUAUUCCAGAGACACCACUAAACCUCAGAGCAGCUGCAGAGCUGAAAAAUUACCCAAAAGUGACCACAGUUCUUUAUUUUUGAGAAAAGUUUGCUGCAAUGACAUCCUAUCUUUUUAGGUAGCAGUGCUGCCAGUCCCAGUUAGUUUAUCACUGAUUGGCUUAUGCUAAUAUUACACUUUACCAUUUGAAAUUCUUCCAAAAGUUUACAAAAUGCAAAUAUAUCUCUUCUGGAUUACCCAAUGCUGCACCUAAUUUCAGGUUGUAUAAUACACCUUUUUGAAUUUUUUAAAUCACCCUCACCCCUUUCCCUUUGGGUAUCCAUACCACUAUAAUACAGAAGUGUGGAUAAUUUAAGCAUAUUUUCAUUUAAAUGAUUACUCUGUGCCUUAAUGUCUUAAUGAAACAUGGGCCAUUUUGAAAUUGAGUCUGUUUCUGGUUGUAUGUUUUAGAGUUUGUACAAGCAAUGUUUGCUGCCUGUUUUCUCUUAAAUGUUGUCGUUAUUCAACUGACGGGAGGGUGGGGAGGUCGUAGGUUUGAAUUAGCCUAAAAUUGACCAUUGUAUCCGAAGUUUGCUGUCCUCUAUCCAUCCAACUCAAGUGUGUUGUAUAUGUUUAAUUGAAGCAGUGCAGAUAUGAGAGUUGCUACAGGCAGCUGUAUUUCUCAGCCAGCAAGAAUUUUUGUUCAGAAAUGAUAUUUUUAGUUGAAGCUGUCAGUUUUUUUGAAAAGAAUUAUCUAUAUAUGUUCUAUUGGAUUUCACUGAAUGAGCUGGUAGAUUAAAGGGCACACUUCAAGUAAUUGGAUGGAUAUUAACGUAAUGCAUUUUCUUAAGGAAAAGGCAGCUAUUUGGCAAUCCCACGUCUCCAGGCCCCACCUAGGCGUGUUAAGUUGUAGCCUCCAUACAGAAGAUCUUGAUUAUGUUAAUAAUCCUAGCUAGUGGUGACCUUCCUGGAGGAAAUUGUACUAUCCUGCUUUGCAAAGAAAAGUGCCCACCUCAUAACCUGGAACAGUCCCAAUAUUGAAUGGUCUAAACUUGUUGCCUUCUAUAUUCAGUAUCUAUCUGUAUUUUAUAGUUGGGGUGUGUUUUAUUAUCUUAAUCCAUAGAAUGUGUAUUUUCUACCUUGUAUCUUAGAUUUUUUUUUAUUUUAAUCAUUUUUGAGCUGAAGUUUCUGUUCUUCACACCUCCAUUAAGUGAGCAAACCUAGUGUGAUGUCAGUUUUCUGCAGUGUGCACUGGCACCUGCUAAUUCAUUUGGGAACUGCUGAAAUGCUGACAUUGGUGUGCAGUUUUUUAGUUGUAUUUGGUAAACUGCUUUCAUUUUAUUUUUUGCUCUUCGAUAAAUCUGUCUUUUUGCUACCCAAUAUUUCAUUCCAUUUUUAUCCUGCGUAGUUCCCUUAUGCAUGAAUACAGCGUUGUUAAAGAGGGUCCUAUUACUGGCUGUUCACUAUAGUACUUGAGUCUGCUGAUGCAGAAACUGGAUGUUGGCCUCUUUGGGCAUUGGUUUUGACUUCAUACUGUUGUUGUGCACUUCAGUACAAUCAGACACUUGUUACCUAUUAUUUCCUUUAGGUUGCUAGCAAAGUACAGCAGGUGGGAGGGCUACUGGUCCUCCUGUAUGGUAAUACGGGAUAGAUGCGUAGAUUUUCCACCAAAUAACCGGUAGUCUCCCACUGAGUUGUCACACUGUUGGCAAGAUUUUGACUUGUUGAGAUUCAUUUUACAAAUCUGGUUUAGUUUGACCUGGGAAUUGCAGAACUGUAAGGUUGAAUUGGUGAGCCUUGUCACAGCAGUGCUACCACAUUGAAGUGUUAUGACAAUUUGCUGCAGUCUUUUUUUAAAUUUUGGACGGUUAAGGACUUUGCUUGCUUAACUUGGCAUGACUUGUGGAUUUUGUAGCAUUUUCAUGCCCUUUUGGAAUGUACUGAGUCCUAACUUUUAUUGAAAUGCUAAUGGUCUUUAAUCAUCCAUUACUGAAAACUAGUUUCUUAGCACUUAGAUUAAAAUUAUCUGUAAUUGUUUUCCCGUUGUCAAAGUGUAACUCUCUGUUUUUCCUUGUAGUGGCAAAGAGAAAAAAAGUCAAAUCCAAACAUUCCAUAAUAUGGGCAAAAUGCUGGAGUCAUAACAAGAAUAUUUGUGCUUUGGACUGAUUGUGUGUAAGAAAGCUCAUUAAUGACCAUAUUCAUCUUGUGCCUAAAACUAUUAAAUGAGCAAUAGUUUACUUUAAGGAAAGAUUGUUCAGUGAAUGACAUAUGUCAGUGGAUUUUUAGGGUUUUGUUUUCAGGGUUUCAUGGACCAAAGUUGUUGUGCCUUCUGAAGUCUUAGUUCUUCACAUUUUACAAUUCCUCCUCUAGCCCUCGUAUUAUUGUAAUACUGCAUUGUGCACCUAGGAUGGUGGCUGUAUGCUUAGUGGAUUCAAUCUUUGUUACUGGUUUUUUAUGCUGUUUACUUGAUGUAUGCAGCCUUCAGACAAAAAUACACCACCACUAUUUUUUUGUCUUUCUUUAAAGAAAUAUUCCCUCUUUUCAGCUGUAAAGAAUGUUUGAAAAAGGUGUAAAUAUUCAUACUUUUUUACCUAGAGAGGCUAAGGGGAACAAAACCGGUUUUUAUAUGGAAGCAUUGUCUUGUAUAUUUUGAUUAAAAGAAACAGCUGUCAGGUUUCAUAUGUAAAAGGGUUUUUCAGAAAACAAUUCCUCUUCUAUUGAGAAGAAAUGUUUGUAAUGCAAAGAAAAUUAAAAUAAUUUUCUAAUGAAUUUGUAGCUGUAUGAAUGCAUUCACCAAUGUACACUGUUUCAGAUUAUGCAAUUUUCUUUUACUACCGUCAACAGCUCUGGCCAAUGUAGUACUUGCUUCUUCAAUAAACUGCUUCAUUCUUUA